AUGAUCACUCGGUCUUUCAGUCAGCCUGUGGCCCGGACUGCUUCUACUCCAGAUCCGCAAAUCGAAGUCCUGUAUAAUCUGCCUUCCGUUCGCAUUGUCGCUUUCACUACACCAAACUCAAUAUAUCGACCUGGCUCGAGCCAUGGGAGUCCAGCUGUGGAAGAAGAUGCACCAGGGACACUUCCUUGGGUGUCACGGUAUGAGAGAACGAUAGCUAUAGGGUGUGUCGAUGGAGACAGCAAAUUUGUCCUUCAAAUUCGACGUCCUAAUUAUUGGAGAAUCGAAGUCCCCAACGAAAAUGCCGAGGACAAGACAAGGAUACAGGAACUGAAAGAGGUCCUAUCAAAAGUGUUACUGUUCGAAAAGACGCCAUGUCCUUUUCAGCGAGAUUUUGUUAUAGAGCUCCCGGAAGCCCCAAAGACACCCAUAAAAAAGCGCCCGUGGAAGCCGGUGGAGAGACAAUCGACAGGAAGGUUGCCCUCAGGCUCGCCGGGAGCAUACCUACAAGAAGAUGGCAACCGAAACUCACCCAUACUGGAUAAUUCUGCGGAGCGAGACAAUAACGGGACAAUGGCUCCAUCAUCAGAAACUCCAGCUGCUUCCCUAGAGCCCCAAGUACAGCAAAUGACUAAUGCUACUAUACCCUCUCACACCACUGAUGUGACCACGGACCUUUCUGAACUAUCUUUGGCGGAACGUUUCCCGCUCGAAGAUGAGAUGAAGGCUGACCUAACAAGCACCGUAAAAAUAGCACCAACCUCAGAGCUUGAAACCACAAUUCCAAUCUUGGAAAGUGACUCCUGGCUGGAGGAAGAGGAAAGUGACACUUUUAGUGAUGCCACAGACGAUACAAAUAUCACCCCAACAAGUCAUUUUCAGCCAACGUACCAACCUUUGAUUUAUGAGCCGGACUCGGAUAGCAGGCCAACUGCAAUGCAGAAUUGUAGUAGAUCAAUUACAGCUCCGCCAUUACUCUCCUUGGUGACUAGCCCCCCUUCGAAGCAACGCACAAAGUCACCCCUAGGACGGCCUGAAGUCACUAGAUCGGAUUCCGACUUCUCUUCCAGCGUUGAUUCUUUCCACUCCGUUCAAUCUUGGCACUCUCCUCUCGACCCCCCUUCGCCGCAAAACUCCGAUCCUUCAUCUCCCCAAACCUAUCCCUAUCCACAUAGCGAGAUCAUCCUACCAAAAAGAGCUCAUGCACGAGACAUAUCGGAGUUGACUGCAGCACCCGAAACCCCAAAGACACCUGGUGUAUGGAAAUCCACAAUAUUAUCUGAAACAGAGAGAAGCCUUUCACCCCCACCAAAAACACCCACACUAAUUAACGACGCCACUGAGAAGUCCGACGAUGAACGACCUGAAGCUAUUACUCCACCAACGAUUCGACCUAACUUCCGGCAUCGAGCCACGACUAGUAGCAACUCUCGUCGUCGACAAUUAUCCCCCCUACCUGCCGCUGUCAACCUGUUCUCUCCCCCGCGAAGGCGACGGUCACGACGUCUACAAACUACCAGACACCUACCUACAGCGAUUUUACAGACAACCGCCAAGAUCUUGUUAAGUCCGCCAAGCCAUUUACUUCAUCUAAUGAUCAAUAUUGCAUCUAAGAUUGCCGCUGGAGAAUGGAGAGGCUUCCUCUCAAACCAAGGUGAAAAUGUAUACUGGGAUUUUGAGCAGGAAUAUGGUGCUGCUCCUUGUAACGAGGAUGAUUUCGGAAUCAGUAUUACCCCCAAGCCUUCAAAAGAAAAAAGAAAUGCUACGACAAGCAGUACUGAUGUAGGCGGAAGUUGGGAAGUUGACUAG